GCGGCGUCUCCGGCGUGCGCGUCCGAUGGCCGCAGAAAUGCCGCAGUUUAUGCAGGCGCAUGCGUUCCGGUGCGCGAGGAAAGCCUACGACGGGCUCGACAAGUUCAGCUCGAGGAAAAUCGCCCAUGACGUUAAAAAGGAAUUUGAUAAGGUUUAUGGGCCGGCGUGGCAUUGCAUCGUGGGGAUGAGCUUCGGGUCAUUUGUGACGCACUCGAGAGGGUGUUUUGUUUAUUUUUCAAUGGAGAAGGUGAUUGUCAUGUUGUUUAAAACAGGGGUCAGAACGAAAAAUUCUUGAUCAAAUAAAGUUUUACUUUGGAGCAAUAUAUUAAAGCUAAAUACGCUGCGCACCUUCUUUAAAUUCUUUGCGAGUUUCGCUUAAAGUUAAAACACACU